CUUUGACCGUUAUUUCGUUAUGUUUUGGCCACGUCAAAACAUGUGAUCGUUGUGCCACUGAUAAAGAAGGAAACGUUUACAGAAAAGACAUUAUUCUUGUUAUGCAGGAAGCUGUGUGUCAGCCAUGAACAGGAAAUCUCGGAUUUUCUCUACUUCAUCACAUAGAUAAAUCAACAAGCAAUGUUUGUCAUACGACUUUGAGCUUUGAAGUUGAUUAUGAUAUUGUUAAAAUGUGCAGUUUUCUGAAUUAAAUUAGAAAAUCUAACAAUUUUAUGAACUAUAGGCCAAGCGAAGAAUAUUGAAUAGAUAUGCUCGAUGAGGCGGCUGUGAAAGUGAAAGUAGAGUUAGUACUCCCGCCCAAUAUUGUGCAUCCUGUGAUGUUACAGUGCCCGGAUCUAAGUCCCUGUCGUUAUCAUUUCACUGAUCAUAAUCUCGAGCAGUCCGAGGCUGUUCUAGACAAUUCCACAACUGAUAAAGGUCUGGAAUAUCGUGUCUGAAGAAGUAAAAUGACAGACAGUGACCAGAUUGUGAUUGUAGAGAAGGAUGACCCUUCACCUCACGGGGUGGUGGGCCCCACGGACAGCUCCCAGUAUGAGACGAUGUAUGGCAACACCUUCCCCCGGGACCCGGGCUACCAGGAACUCGUGUGGGAGGCUGAGAUGGCUAUUGCCACAGGGGUGGUGCCUGUACUCAGUGUGAAAGGGACAAGUGGAUGUUACUUUGUGAAAAAUAGAAAGGGUAACAUCAUUGGUGUAUUUAAACCAAAGGAUGAAGAACCAUAUGGGAAACUGAAUCCAAAGUGGACGAAAUGGAUGCAUAAGUUGUGUUGUCCCUGCUGCUUUGGUAGAAGUUGCCUGGUUCCAAAUCAGGGAUAUUUAUCAGAGGCCGGCGCCAGUCUGGUGGACCGAAAACUACAACUGAAUAUAGUACCUAAUACUAAGGUUGUAAAAUUAGCAAGUGAUACAUUUAACUACAAUGCAAUAGACAGAGCGAAAUCAAGAACCAAACACAGUAUUAUGACAAAAGUCCCAGCUGUUGGUAAAAAGUUCCACCGCCUGGGCUUACCCCCAAAGACCGGAUCCUUUCAGUUGUUUGUCAAUGGAUACAAAGACGCUGACUUCUGGCUACGGAAAUUUGAUGCUGAAGAUUUACCUGUUUCUACGGCAACUAAGCUCCAGCACUUGUUUGAAAGACUAGUCGUUUUAGAUUAUAUAAUUAGAAAUACAGAUAGGGGGAAUGACAAUUGGUUAAUAAAGUAUGAACCAGCAUCAAGCAUCCCUAAAGGUGAUAAUGAGGUAGGAGAGUGGAAUCUUGUAGAAAAUCCUGAUAUAUCCAUUGCUGCCAUUGACAAUGGUCUCGCUUUCCCAUUUAAACACCCUGAUGAAUGGAGAGCAUAUCCGUACCACUGGGCGUGGUUACCCCAGGCUAAAGUCCCCUUCUCUGAUGAAAUCAAGGAACUUGUUCUACCUCAGCUGUCUGACAUGAACUUUGUACAGGACCUCUGUGAUGAUCUCUUUGACUUGUUCAAGACUGACAAAGGCUUUGAUAGAAGGACCUUCACUAAGCAGAUGGGAGUGAUGAGAGGACAGAUAUUGAACUUGACACAAGCUUUAAAAGAUGGUAAGUCUCCAGUACAGUUAGUCCAGAUGCCGGUGGUCACCGUGGAGAGGACAAAAGAAGGUCGUCGUGUUAGAGCCGAUAGUGACCAGUAUACACAGAGCUUCCAACACAGGACACCAUUCUUCUCCUGGUGCUGACACCUAGUGACUAUAGGGGAACAGGAUGACAGGUCUGCCACCUACUGGUCAGAAUCAGUGCUGCCACCUACUGUUGCAGAAUUAGUGCGGCCACCUACUGGUGUGCUUGAGCACUGUGGCAGAGCUUUUAUCUUGUGGAGGUGCUGUAGUGCUCAUUUAUCAUUAAUUUAUCACUUCAUUCCAGACACAAAAAGAGACAGGGUCUCUAACAGAACACUACUGGAGGCCAUUAUACACAGUUCACCUUUCUUGCUCUUGUUUUGUUCUACUUUAUUUUAAACUUCAGAGUACACAGAAAUGAUGUACUCCUGUGUAAGUUGAUGUUAUUUUUCUUGGUGCUACAUGUUGGAUGUUAGGUGUGUGUUUUGGAGUAGGUUAUUUGCAUGUUUUAGUUCACUGAUCUCUGCAAUUUGAUGUUAAACUAAUGUUAUAUGUAUGAAAUGAUUUGUAGUAAUUUUAAAAAUUAAAUAAUUGUGUAAUGUAUUCAUAAUGAUAUUAAUUAAUUACAGUGUAUUUUGGGGCCCAAAAAAUGAUUUAUAUCUUCUUGGACACCAUUGCAUCAGGACAAAAACUCCCAUAAUCAGUUGAAAAGGGAAAUGGUGAUAUUUUCUAUUUUUUUCUAGUUGAAAUAUUCCCCUUUUCAUGCAUGCCAAUAGAUAUACUUUUUUAUUUGAUAAAGAACAUAAACAAAUAAUAUAUAUUUCUUGUUAAUAUGGUAUUUUAUUUAACAUUUUUUCAAAGUUGAGUCAUGAAUAUAAGAGAACAAAAUGAAAGAAUCAUUUGAUAUCAUUUAUUAAAUGGCUACAUGAAAAGAAGAAAUACACCUAUAUAAAAAUAUUAAAAUAAUCUGCCAACCUCACUGAGUUUUAAAAUUUUGACCUGAUAAAGUAAAGAUUUUUUUUGGCCCUGUGAGGUAUACAGCUUAGUCAGUUGUUCUUUGAGCCUUGAAAAGGUUCUCAAUGUUUAGUAUCUGCAUAAGUUAAUGCACUAGUUAUAUAUUAUAAUUUCAAAUCAAUCUUUUACUCUAGGAGUAAAAAUGAAUUAAGUUUUUUUGCUCAUGUGAGAAAUUACAUUUUGAUUAAUACUUUUUGAUGAGCCUAUCACAGACAGAAUUAUUAAAGAAAUCCUGUAGUCAUGAUUCACUGACAAAGUCGUGUGAUGUCAAACUCAUGCUCAGUGAAUGAGAAAAUCUCGCCUUCCUUAGGGAUGUACUACAUGGGUCUCUGUGUGAGGAAUAUGACACACUGACAUUAGUCAAAUAAGUUUGUUAUAAACCACAAUAAUGUUUUUUAAGAUUAUUUGCUCAUACAACAUUCAUUUGAUAAAUUUGUUUGCUGACUGCUAAUGAUGCUAAUUUUACAAUAAAUGUUGAAUCUA